AUGACUUCCAAGGCCUUUGAGACCUUGAUCUCCACGACGCUUCUCUCCCAAUCUGGACGAAUAAAUGGUCUACCCUUCUCCCCCGUCUCUCCUCCCUCAACCUCUGCUCAUCCUCGUCCAUCCGAAAUCAUCAGGAGGCGAGAACGUCCCAAGGAGCCAGAGCCAUACCAAACUCUCUUGCCAUCACCCGUGGCACAAGGCAUACUGGCUUCCUUGCGCCACGAUCCACACAGAAACGUCGGGUAUACCGAGAUACAUCAGUUUACAGAGAGAGACAAGGCGGUGAAGGUCGUCCAUGACUUCGCGGACCGGGAACUGAGAAGUUUUCAAAAAUUGCUUCUCACUUUGUGUUCCAUUCUUGACAGGCUAGAUGAUGCUAUCAAGUUCUGGAGAGCGUUGCAAACGAGAAAAGGUCAGACCAGUGUCGGGGUAGAGGAGAGGCAUUUGAUCAGGAAAGAUUACAACCACAGAUCCGUUGAUCUUGCGUUGAUCCGCGUCAAAACUGGUCAAGUAUGUAACUUUGGGCGGUUUAGACCUUUUGAUUGA